CCUCAGGGUCCUCCAGGCAAGGACGGGCUCCCGGGACACCCCGGACAGAGAGGCGAGACGGGUUUCCAAGGCAAGACCGGCCCUCCCGGCCCCCCCGGCGUGGUCGGCCCUCAGGGCCCCACGGGGGAAACUGGCCCCAUGGGCGAGCGUGGCCACCCUGGGCCUCCGGGCCCCCCCGGCGAGCAGGGGCUUCCAGGCGCCGCUGGAAAGGAAGGGACAAAGGGUGACCCAGGCCCAGCCGGCAUCCCAGGAAAAGACGGUCCCCCUGGCCUGCGGGGCUUCCCCGGGGAUGGCGAGAAGGGUCCCCAAGGCCCGGCGGGCCGUGACGGCCUGCAGGGUCCCGUGGGGCUCCCAGGUCCAGCUGGCCCUGUGGGUCCCCCUGGAGAAGAUGGAGACAAGGGGGAGAUCGGGGAGCCCGGACAGAAGGGGAGCAAGGGGGACAAAGGCGAGCAGGUGAGUGGCCCGGGGCGCGGGGCGGACGCGCCCUCCUCACCGCCCCUCUCCCCUCUCCCCCGCCAGGGGUCCCCGGGCCCGACCGGUGAGCCAGGCCCCUCCGGCCCUCCAGGGAAAAGGGGUCCCCCCGGUCCUGCAGGCCCCGAGGGCAGACAGGGGGAGAAAGGCGCCAAGGGAGAAGCCGGCUUGGAAGGCCCUCCUGGGAAGACUGGCCCCAUCGGCCCCCAGGGGGCCCCUGGCAAGCCGGGCCCUGAUGGCCUGAGAGGGAUCCCCGGCCCCGUGGGUGAACAAGGCCUCCCGGGAUCCCCAGGCCCCGACGGGCCGCCCGGCCCUCUCGGCCCCCCAGGACUCCCUGGCCUCAAAGGAGAUUCUGGCCCCAAAGGUGAAAAGGGUCCUCCCGGCCCCAAAGGUGCUAAGGGCUCCUCGGGUCCAACCGGCCCGAAGGGUGAGGCGGGCCACCCAGGGCCCCCCGGCCCCCCGGUAAGUGAAUACUGGGUGGACCCCAACCAAGGCUGCUCCCGGGACUCCUUCAAGGUCUACUGCAACUUCACGGGCGGCGGGGCCACCUGUGUCUUCCCCGACAAGAAGUCGGAGGGGGUGAGUCCACCCCCGGCCGGGGCUCCCCGCAGGCCCCGCAGCGCCGGCGUUGGGGCUGGGGAAGCCGGAGGUGGCGAGUCUCCCCCGCAGAGCCGGGUCUUAACACCUCUGUGCCCGCAGCUCUCCUACGUGGACGCCGAGGGCAGCCCGGUGGGCGUGGUGCAGAUGACCUUCCUGCGGCUGCUCAGCGCCUCUGCGCAGCAGAACGUCACCUACAACUGCUACCAGUCGGUCGCCUGGCAGGACGCCGCCACGGGCAGCUACGACAAGGCCAUCCGCUUCCUGGGCUCCAACGACGAGGAGAUGUCCCACGACAACAGCCCCUACAUCCGCGCCCUGGUGGACGGCUGCGCGCCCUGGGCUUCCCUCCGCGGACGGAACCGACUCGGGCGUUGA